AGCAAAAGAGGGCGGUGUUGCUAUCGUUUUGCAACGAACUCUCAAAUCUCUCUAAUGGCAUCAUCACGCUUCCAGAUUCAACCUGACGAGGCAGUCCUCUUACGAGUCACUCACUCCAAUAUCAAGUCUUUCUCUGCUGAAAUUCGCUUCUCACUUCAGUCUUCAGUGGAAGCUGUUAAAGAUAAGCUAUGGAGAAAAUGUGGGACUUCAGUGAAUUCAAUGCAACUUGAGCUUUAUGAUGAUGCAAACUCAAAAGUCUCUAAUUUAACUGAUGAUUCUAGACCUCUUGGUUUCUACUCUCCUUUUGAUGGGUAUCGGUUGCAUAUAAUAGAUCUGGAUCCUUCAUCAGUAACAGCUGGUGGGUGGCUGGAAGAUAUUUCAUCAGUGGAGAAAUAUUCAAUUUCUGAAGAAGCUUAUGAUAAACGUGAUGGCACUUUUAGAAAAUUUAAAGAAAAAAUGGCAGCCCAAAAUCCUUCAGCUUUUGCGCCUAAGAUAACAGAUGACUACAUGGAAGACCUAUGUGCAAAUAUCAAGGUGGGUGAUAGAUGUGAAAUUGAUCCAGGGGAGAAAAGAGGGGUUGUCAAAUAUGUUGGUCGAGCGGAAUCUCUCGCACCAGGUUUUUGGGUAGGAGUUCAGUUUGACGAACCAUUCGGAAAACAUGAUGGCAUGGUAAAAGGAGUGCGCUACUUUGACUCUCCUCCACUUCAUGGCGCUAUGAUUAGGCCAGACAAAGUAAAGGUUGGUGACUAUCCAGAAAGAGAUCCUUUCGAAGAGGAAGAAAUAUAACCCCUUUGGAGAAGCGAGAAUUAUCCCUCGAACUUUUAUCUUCAACGUAAUCGAUUUGUUUUUGGUUUGAAGAAUGUAAACACAUACAGUUAUUCAGGUAACUCUGAGAGCUUGAUUGUACAACAAAGAGCAGGUUACUAUGCUUCCUCGGUUGGUAGGAAGUGAAGAUAUCUUAUAACUGAUGGAAAAUAGAUCAAUUUCUGAAAUA